AUAAUUUGCAUAAUUAGUGGAAGUUAUUUGAAAAUUUUAUUCAUUGACUUCAUUUUGCCUAUUGUCUGUAUUAUUAAUUUCACGACGUUACCGCCUCAGAUGCAUAUGUUAUGCAGCCUGCUCGCAUGUCAUGCUAGAAUAUUCUUGGAGCGCGGUGUUGGGUGUCAUGGCAACAGUCGCAAACACAGCGAGGCGCUAGUCGCUGGACGCAACAAGUUUCCUCAACACUUCUCUGUUGUUGUUGUUGUUGUUGUUGUUGUCCGGCGGUGGUUAUAUAUCUUCUUUAUCUUAAAAUCUCAGAUUUGUUAUAUUCCUGCACGGGUCAAAUUGAGCAGGUGGGAGAUGGUUCAGCUGCACGUCAAACGAGGAGAUGAGAGUCAGCUUCUCUUCAACACUACAGUGGCUGUCUCGAUUGAGACACUGACCCAGCAGGUCAGCGCCAUCUAUAAUGGAAGAUUAAAAGUGGACAGGAUCUGCUCUGAAAUUCCAGAGCUGGCAGAUCAUGGUGUCUCUCUUCCACCGAAUAUGCAAGGCCUGACUGAUGAUCAGAUCAUGGAGCUCAAACUAAAGGAUGAAUGGGAGGACCGCUGUAUUCCCAGCGGUGUUGCUGAGUUUAAGAAGGAUGAGCUCGGACGACGAAAUGGACAUGCUCCGAACGAGAAGAUGAAAGAAGUUUUAAGGAAAACAGUGGAGGAAGCCAAAGCUUUAAUCUCAAAAAAACAAGUGGAAGCGAAUGUCUGCGUUACCAUGAAUUUGGUCAAAGAGGCUUUGGAUCAGUUGCGAGGAGCUGUGAUGAUAGUUUACCCAAUGGGGCUGCCUCCACAUGAUCCAAUAAGGAUGGAGUUUGAAAAUCAAGAGGAUCUUACUGGAACGCAGGCCUCAUUACUGGUGAUCCCAGAAGAAGAGGCUCAGCUGUGGUGGGCAUCUAAAGAACUACAGAGGGGCAAAAAGCUGCAGGAUUAUGUUGGGAAAAAUGAGAAAACGAAAAUUAUUGUGAAAAUUCAGAAAAGAUGCCAGGGUGCACCAGCGCGAGAACCACUAGUGAGUGAAGAGGAACAAAAAAAGAUGAUGCUGCAUUAUUACAAGAGGCAGGAAGAACUAAAAAAACUAGAAGAGACAGAUAAUGACUCGUAUCUUCAGUCUGAUUGGUCGGACAGACAGGCCCUAAAAAGACAGUUCCAGGGACUCACAAAUAUCAAAUGGGGCCCAAGAUAGAUGAACAAAGAAAAUCGCUCUCCAUUUGACAAAUCAGAGAUCUCUACACUCUACUGCUGUUGUUUUUAUGCAAUUUGGUGCCUUUGUUACAUAUGAAAGGUAUUUAUGUGACUGUUUGUAAAUGCAAAGCGGGACAUCAGAUUUCUCUGCUCUGAUUCAUUGGCAGAAGGAUGCAACACCUUUCCUCUCUUUGUCUGUGCCUCUGGCAGUUACUCAGUUGAAACUUAAUGCUGUUUAAAGACAGGAUGUUGCCGUGCAGCUCUAAGGAUCGCUGUGGCACCGCAGAGUUCAUUUGAAGAGCGUUGAGAAAGAAUUACAGAACAUUUUGGUAUCCUUAAGGCAAAAUAGAGGUUACAGUAUCGGGAGGUGUGGUUUCACUGGAAAAGUUGAGUGCGAUGUUGUGUAAUAAAAGAGUUUUCCGUUUUAUUUUCAUUUUUAUUUUUAUUU